AUGAACCUAGCGUACGGCAACGUCCCUCCGGACCUUGAGUCUCGUGUCGACUUAGAUCCAGCAUACAAAGAGGUGCAGAAAGAGAAAGAAGCUCGUACGCUGAUGGAGCGUGUCGAGGCGCUGCUACUGGAGGCUCAAUGUCUUCACCACACGGCUACAGCGAUCAUUUCGCACCUCCAAGGUAACCCUGAGGCUGCCGCUGCAGUUGCUCUCACUCUAGCGGAGCUCUCUGCCCUCCUGGGCAAAAUGAGCCCGGGAUUUCUAGCCAUUGUCAAAGGCGGUAGCCCGGCAGUGUUUGCGUUACUCGCCAGCCCGCAGUUCCUGGUCGGAGUAGGAGUAGCCGUUGGUGUUACAGUCGUUUGCUUUGGCGGAUGGAAAAUCAUCAAGCGGAUUAAAGAAGCCAAAGCCGCACAAGAACAGGCACAGGCCUUUGAGAUGCAGGAACAACAACCCGUUCCAUUCCCUGCUCCGCCCCCAGGGAUGGGCGAGUUCGCUUUCCACCAAGGAGCAGCCUACGGAGCCGGUGGCCCUGGCAGUUUUGACGAUGCUCUGGUACUAGAUGACGAGCUGAGCACCAUCGAGACAUGGCGUAGGGGCAUCCCGCCUUUUGGCGAAGAUGAGAGUACUGUCGAUCUAGAGUUGAUCACUCCUGAGGCGGUCCGAUCCGUUCGAGAAGAUCGUUAUCGCACUGAAACCGGAGAUGCUGCCUCCCGCAAGAGUGGAAAGACUCAUCGAACAAGCAAAUCCCACCGAAGUCACCGCAGCAGAAGACACAGUGACGGAGAUGAGGUGGAGAUACCCGAUAGGAAGAGCAGCAAGACUUUCAAACAUCGAGAGGAAGGUGACGACAUCUCUGACCGACAUAGCGAGAGAAGUCAUCGUAGUUCGAGGUCAAAACGUACCGACCGCACCACAAUGAAAGCAAUUGAGGAUGGAAACCGAGACGCAGAAAACACCCUGGAUGUAGUGUUACGGCCAAAGGAGAAGAAGAACAACAUGCUGAAGCAGUUAUUUAAGAAGAAGAAGGAUAAGGCGGAUACUGAAAGGGAGCGAUCCGAGGUGUCAGUCAUGGUGUAA